GUUAAAAAUAAAAAAUCCAAAAUGUGCUGCUAUAUUUUAAUUACUGGUUGUAGUUUAUUUUGGUUUGUACUUAGUUUAAUAGCUGAUUUAUUAAUUGUUUCAUCAAUUGUUACACCAAAAUGGUUAAUUGGACCAACAUUAGAAGUUGAACAUUCAAGUUCAUCAAAUGUAACAGCAUAUAGAUAUGCAUCAGUUGGUAUUUAUACAAGAUGUAAAACAAUGGAACGUAUUGGUUAUCAUUGUGGUCCAUUUGAUUUAGAUGGUUUUGGUACAGAUAGUCGUGUUUAUCCACCAGAAUGGAAAGCAUGUAUGUUUUUUAUGUCAAUGGGUUGUGUAAUAUUAGCUCUAACUGUAUUAUUAACAAUGGUAACAUGUUGUCGACAAUCAAUAUUUGGAAAAAGUAUACAUAAUUUAACUGCAUGCGCUCAAGUAAUAUCAGGUAUAUGCGUAAUGUUAGGUGUAUUUUUACAUCCAUUAGGAUGGGGUGCUAAAAGAGUUAUAAUAUUAUGUGGUUCAGAUUCAGAAGCAUUUAAUCCUGGAAUGUGUACAAUAGGUUUUUCAUUUUAUAGUGCUAUAUUUGGUAUUAUAUUAUGUUUUAUAUGUGCUGGUAUUAGUCUUAAAGCAGAAGCUUCUAAUAUGAGAGCACAUGUUAAAAGACGUGUUGAAGAAGGUGAUCGAUUAGUUUGUGUACCAUAAAAAUUUAAUAUGAGAUUAUAUAAACUUCAAAAACAAACUAUUAUAUUAAUAUUUUAUAUAUUAUGCAUUUAUGAAAUUAAGUAAUUUAGAAUUAAAAAGAGAAAUUAUUUUAAAUUUGUAU